UACACUGUAGUAAAAGUUCAGUCUUACGAAAACGCCGUUCAGAUAUUUCUUCCUGCGACUUUUUACUUAAGAGACAUGGAGCCAACACAUGGAAAAUCAAUUCCUGAAUCAUGGGAAGGUGAAAUAGUUAUUAAUGUGCCGCUGCAGGAUACGAACCAAAGUGAGGCUACCCCAUCAUCUUUGAAACCAAAUACGAGUCAUAUUGUGCCUACUGAUAAUAAUAGGCAGCAGCAAAAUCUGGAACGAAGUGAAGCUAGGUCAUCAUCGGAAUCAAAUACUGAGUGGUUACCUUCCCGUCAUUUGUUGACUGAUCGGAACCCAGAAAAGGAAGAAUUACGUUUGUUUCUUCUUAAAGCUGCACUAGAGGGAAAUAUUGAUGCAGUUAAAAGUCAGUUAAAUAAUCCACUGUUCAGUGAUUCUUCAUCAAGCCCAUUAAGUGCCGCUUCAUCACCAAGCCCAUUCAAUGUUGCAAUAACAGAGAAAUAUGAAACUAUUUUCCAUGUAGCAGCAGGGGCAAAUCAAACUGACUUUGUAGAGAAGAUGAUUGAUGAGAUACCACCAGAUGAUCUCAAGUUGCAAAACGCAAAAGGGAACACUGCCUUCUGUUUUGCUGUUAUGGCUGGGAAUAAAUCAAUUGCUGAGAAAAUGUUGAAUAACGACCCAGACCUGUUGACAAUCCGAGGUGGCCGUAGUUUGACUCCACUAAAUCUAGCUGCUAUGUUUGGAGAAAGGGAAAUGGCGUCAUAUUUAUACCGGGAGUAUUAUAGAGGAACACUGACAUUAGCUGACAAAAAACAAUUAUUUUUUGAUAGCAUCGAUACUACUUUGUACGACCUUGCAAGGGAACUGCUAGAAGGUGAUGAUAAUGAAAAUGAAUUGGCUAUGACUGAAUACGAGCAUGGCGACGAUCUUUUGACACCCUUGCAUCGGUUGGCUUUAACGCCCUUUCAUCUGUUGGACCAAAAGAGCAAAUGUUACAAAACAACUUUAUUAAAUCAAGCUCUAGCGUUAGUCGAAUGCCUUUGGGAGAAGAUAUUCAAGGCAAAGCGUGACCAAGUUUGGGACUACUUAAAUGAGCAUCGUGAUUUAUUGUUCAAAGCAGCUCAAUUGGGGAACUUCAAAAUCUUGGGUAAACUCAUCGAACUUUAUCCUGAUUUGGUUCAUCUUAAAGAUGAUUACGAACGGACCAUAUUUCACAUUGCGAUUAUACAUCGUCAUGAUGAUUUGUUUAAGUUAAUAGAUCAGAUAGGUUUCAACAAACACUUGGUAGCAUCAUAUGCAGACAUCAAUGAAAAUAGUUUAUUACAUCUAGCUGCAAAAUAUCCAGAUCGAAAACCACUGAGCAAGGAAAAUAGUUUAUUACAUCUAGCUACAAAAUAUCCAGAUCCAAGACCAUUAAGCAUGGUGCCUGGUGCAGCUCUAGAAAUGCAGCGAGAGUUACGCAUUUUUAAGGAUGUUGAAAAGCUUGUAAUGCCUUCAUUUAGAGAAUUGAAGAAUUCAGAAGGCAAAACACCUAGAGAGCUCUUCACUAGUACACAUGCAGGCUUACUGAAAGACGGAGAAAAGUGGAUGAGGAGCAUAGCUAGUCAAUGCAUGCUUGUUGCAGCAAUCAUUGCUUUAAUGGUUUUUCAAGCUGCUUUCCCUGUACGAGGAGGUAACAAUGAUAAUGAAGGAAGGAAUAUUGAGUUCCGUAUUUUUGCUAUGGCAGAAGUGAUUGCGUUAUCUUCUUCUUUGAUUUCAAUCCUAAUGUUUUUAUCUAUUAUUACAUCCCGUUACGUAGAAAAUGAUUUUUUGAUAUCAUUACCGCUUAAGUUGGUGGUGGGAUUGUUAACGCUAUUCAUAUCUAUAGGAACCAUGAUGCUAGCUUUCAUAUCAAGCUUUUAUACAGCUUAUGACCACCCUAGAACAAAUGCAAUCCUCAUUCUUGGUAUUAUAUUUGUAUCUCUACCCCUGUUUGCAUUUGAUUCGUCACAGUAUAGUCUUCUGAGGGAUAUAUUGUACUCAUUCCGCUUUAGGUUUUUCUGUUAAGUCUAUAUGAUGUCGUUGUAUCAUGUAUUUACAAUUGCCAACCUGUAAUUUCAUUUGCAAGCUGUAGUACCCUUUGGUGAUAAGAAUAUUUGUUUAUUAA